CAUUGUAGACUAGCCAGAAGACAUAAAAAAAUCAACCAAUCCAGCCUUCCAUUUUCAUUCCUACUUCUUGUUCUAGAAAGCUUUGAUGUGGUUGAUUCUUUUAUGUCUUAUGCGUUAUGCAUUACGCAAAAGUCUGUGCUUUGGUCUUUAAAUGCCCUUUAAAGAAAGGCUCUCUGUUUAUGUUGUGGUUACAGAAUAGAACUGUAAAGGUUAUAUGCGUGCAAGAGAGUAAAGAAUUUAUUUAUUAUUGUAAAUAAAGCUACCAAAACAGUAUAGUUAUACGUGAUAAAAUAAUAAUGAGUGGCAAGCGUGAACACGAGGAGAGCGAUACGGAAGAUGGAUGGAUUGGACCAUUACCUUCGGAAGCUGCACCGCAAAAGAAGCAAAGAGUGCUAGAGUAUGAACAGGUGUACAUUGAUAACUUGCCCUGCUGUGAAUGCUAUGAAAAAUCUUACAUGCACAGGGAUGUUAUCACUCACAUUUUAGUAACAAAGUCCAACUUUGUCAUAACUGCUAGCUGUGAUGGACAUGUAAAAUUUUGGAAGAAGCAGGAAGAAUUAAUAGAAUUUGUAAAACACUUUCGUGCACAUUUAAUGACAAUACAGUCAGUGUCUGCUAGCUGCAAUGGCGUUCACAUGUGUUCAGUUAGUAUAGACAAAACUAUGAAGAUUUUUGAUGUUAUUAAUUUUGAUAUGAUAAAUAUGAUAAAGUUGGACUUUGUGCCGCUUUGCGCUGAAUGGAUAUAUUCAGCUGGCGAUGCUAUAUCUGCGGUAGCAGUGUCUUCACAAGAAUCAAAUAAAAUAUAUGUUUAUGACGGUCAAGGAACAAAUACACCUCUACGUGUACUUGAGAAUUUACACACUAAACCUGUAGUUGCUAUGAAGUACAAUCCCGUUUACGAAACAUGUAUCUCAGUGGAUAAGGCGGGAAUAUUGGAAUACUGGACUGGUCCAAAAACGGAAUACAAGUUUCCCAAAUGCGUAUCAUUUGAAUCAAAGUUAGACACUGAUCUAUUCGAGUUUGCUAAAAAUAAAACUUAUCCGUGUGGUUUAGCAAUCUCACCCGAUGGCAAACGAUUCGCAUCUCUCAGCGGUGAUAGAAAAGUUAGAGUUUUCAAUUUCCGAACGGGCAAGCUGUACAGGGUAUUUGACGAAGCGCUUCAAAGAUUUAGCGAAUUGCAACAAACUGUACAGCAAUUGCCAAACAUGGAGUUCGGACGUCGAAUGGCCGUUGAAAGAGAACUGGACAAAACCGAGACGAAUUUGGGAAAUAUCAUUUUCGACGAAUCCGGUUAUAUUAUUUUAUAUCCUACCAUGCUGGGUAUCAAAAUGGUAAAUCUUUACACAAAUCGUUGUAUCAAAAUCAUAGGAAAACCCGAAAACAUACGACCCAUGCAUCUGGCAUUAUUCCAGGGUAAAGCGAGAAAGACCGCCGCUGUGACUGUCGAAAUGGAGGCUUCUGAAAAUCCCACGUUGGAGAUGAACCGACCCGAUCCGACGUUGUUUUGCACAGCCCACAAGAAAAAUCGCUUCUACAUGUUCACGCGACGAGAACCGGAAGACACGAAGAGUCAGGAAUGCGACCGAGACGUCUUCAACGAAAAACCGUCCAAGGAGGACAUCAUAUCCUCCACGGAAGCCACGAAUGUACAGAAGAUAUACGAUACCGCGAUUGUUCACACGGCGCUUGGCGACAUCCACGUGAAUCUCUUCGGCAAGGACGUCCCCAAGACUGUAGAGAAUUUCUGCGUCCACGCGAAGAACGGCUACUACAACGGUCACAUAUUUCACAGAGUUAUUAAGGGCUUCAUGAUACAGACAGGCGAUCCCACCGGAACCGGCACCGGCGGCGAAAGUAUUUGGGGUGGCGAAUUCGAAGACGAAUUCAAGCCGCACCUGAAGCAUGAUAGACCGUACACAUUGAGCAUGGCUAAUGCAGGACCGAACACGAACGGCAGUCAGUUUUUCAUCACAUUGACACCGACACCGUGGUUGGAUAACAAACACACAGUGUUCGGCCGAGUCCACAAAGGAAUGGAAGUGGUGCAAAACAUAAGCCAAGUGAAGACGAAUCCCAAGAGCGACAAACCUUACGACGACAUACGAAUAGUCAGUGUGACUGUAAAAUAGUAUUUUAUCGAAUAAAAAACUUGAGAUUUUA